UAAGAAGUCAUGAUUACUGCAUUUCAUUAAUGCUCCUACCGUGUCGGUACACUCUGUGUUGGAAUUGGUCAGUACGCAGAUUUGGAUGCCAGGGCAUAGCACAAUAUAACUUAAACUAUACAUUUCCUCAUGGUUGUACUGAAGAAAAAAAAAAGGAUAUGAUAAAUUGUUGAAGUAGGUAAUUAUAUUGCUACGUGUAGUGAAAAUGUACAUUUCAUAAACCCUUAGUUUUCCUUUAUUUAAAUACUUGGCGGAAAAUGUAGAUUAAUCUUUUAGUUUGUAUUGAAUUCAUUACAUUUACCUUACAUUUAAAAAUUAUAAUAUAAAAAAUAAAUAUUUUUACAUGCAUUCAUUGUCGGUAAAAAAUUAUCUAAUGUUUUCUCAAAAUUUUCUCAAACGUAUAAUUAUCGGAGAUAUGAAGCUGCCCAGAAAUUGAACAAGAGCAGAUACCAGCAUCUUGUGCUGUUUAACUGCAGUUUCUGUGGACAGCCUGCUGUCACUGUAAGUCAGUACACUGAAUAUGGUUGUAUUUCUAUCAACUAUGAAGCAAAUUAACAUUUUCAUCUUCAUCUUCUGUGAUUUAGUUGCAGUUGCUGAUGUGACAGAUGGCUUUGAUUCUGACCAGAAGAACAAGGUAGGAUAUGUCGUCUUCUUUGGGUUCUUAAACACAACACGUAUUGUUUGUUUUUGCUAAUGACCACAUUAAACUGUUUGAAGACAAGUUUAUUACACCAUGACACCCCUGUCUGUAGUUUACUGAAGUUAUGUGGUGGAUAGCAGGGCUCCCCAGUGGCUCACCUGGUACCACAUGUAUCAUGUACGAUAAAUCUAAGUCCUAGUGACAGCAGCCCAGGUUCAGCUCUGUCUGGGGCCCUUUGCUGCUUGUUGUUUUCUCUAUCUGCUCUGUCCUUACGGUCUCCCAACACUUUGCUAUAUAAUAAAGCAUAAAUGCUAAAAAAUCAGCGAUUUGGCUGCACAGUUAUGAAAUUUUUUAAAUAUAGUUUUCUGUGAUAUGCAGACUCCAAGUCGUCACUUGCGACGCCUCCAGAGACUCAAAACACAUCAUGAUGUGUGUGAGAACCGCUAUGAAAAGGCAAACAAAAAGGAUAAACGACGAGUGGGAGAGUACCUUGUUUUUACAUCGUAGCCUGAAUACAAUGGUUAGUGGUACUAAACCUUUUUAUAAUGUACAUUGGAGUGACAGGAGGGAGAUCCUUUAACUGUUUCCCUGUCAUGAUGUGCUCUUUUCUGUGUUUGAUUAGUAAACACUCUGUGCCCCAGAGAUAAUCUAGUCUAGAAUUGACCAGUACAACUGUGGUGUAAAAGUGUUUAAUCUGGACCUGGUCCAGUGUGGUUUAGAUGAGGGAAAAAUCUGUGAAAUCUCCUUUUUUGGUUGAAAGUGGGUUUCAGACAGCAUUAAGGCUUUACCUAAAAUGUCUAACACACUUUGACAGCGGUAAGAGCAGCAAAAAAACAGGAUCGGUCAUUCAGCACCGCAAGUUAAGUUAACUCUCCCCUUACCUGCUGGCUCGGAAACUAACUUCGUCACAUGAUUUUUACUGUUUCGCUUCUUCUGUUCAAGAAAAUUGAGCAUGUCAGUGUGUUCUGGUGACAGUCGGCUUUCCAGAUCUGCUGUAGAGAAAACUGUCAAGGAGAGAGUGGCUAAUGUUCGGCUAGUGCUGACUGAAUGUGCUAGACAGGCUAGUGUUCUAGUGGUCUUUCCACCCUGAAAGAAGAGUAUUAUAGUAAGAGAAUAAGUGUGAAAAAUGGAAGAGAUGCAUCCCUAACUACAAAAAUUGCUGCAACUCAAGUAUUUGCCGAUCUGUAUUGUAGCAAAAGAUUCAGUGUUUUCAUUUAUAGUGGACUUGAAAUAUUUUUACUGUUAAAAAAUUGUGUUAUGAUAUUUAUUUUUCAGGAAGUACCCCAGAGCUCCAGUGACAGUGAGGGUACCAUUAUCCUUGACCGUACACCAGUUGAUAUUGACAAGGACACAAGUGUACCUGAGCUCAGAAGAACUGACAGUGUAAUUGUGAGUUUACAUGCAAAACUUCACGUUAACAUAAGUGCUAUGGCAUCUGUGUGACUGCUGUCGUCGCCACCUAGACCUGGAGUACAGUUUAUACUUUAGGAGAUAGUAGCCUAUCUUGUUUAGAGCCAUUUACACUACCCUUCAUCUUCAAAAGGUGCGAAGGAUAACAUUAAUUGAGACAUUAAAGCUUCUGGGCAAAGCUAAUUCAUCCAUGUAAAAAUUACAUCUGCAAUUUACAUUAAAAUGACAGUUUAAUUUUUUACCACUGAUAAGAAAAAAAAUAACCAUUAUUAUUUACCAGUAGUGUGAAUACGAAGAAGAAUCUAAAAUUUUACAGUUUACUCCAAACUGAAAUACAGUGUUUGUAAACAGUAGCAUGGACCUUUUAAGUUUUUUAAAGAUGUUUAAAACGAACCUAAACAACACAACAACUGAGUGUGCCACCACAGCUAUAAUGUCAGCCUUUUGGAAACACUAAUAGCAAGUCCAGUCAGAGUCAUCUAGUAAUGUUUUGGUAAAUGGAAAAGACAUUAUUUUAUAUGGCUAGACUUGUUUAAAAGAAAUGAUAACAGAUAAACAAGACUUGACUGGUAGACUGUGUCGGCUGGUCCACCAUGUCAUUAGACAGUUUGCACUAUAAGAAAGAAAUACUGUUGAGUCUCACAUCAAUACCGCAACCACUGUUAUAUGAAGUCAGAUCAGUCUCAAUAUCGCACAGAAGGAAUCAAACGUGUUUUAGAGCUUAUAUGUAAAUGACUCUUCACUAUAUUAUUUUUCAAUGCACACAAGAAUAUUUACCAUUGUAUAUAAAUGUAAAACAAAAUCACAUGAAAAAAUAAAGUUCACAAACGUAUUUCUGAUGCACACACAAAUAUUUGUUGUUUUAAACACGUAAUAAAAAUCUACAAAUAUUUAUAUAAAAGUGCAGUUUUCAUCAAAAAAUAUAUUUAGAUGUUUAUAUACAAACUUUUGAACGUGCAUUUAAAAAACUGCUUGUCAUUUGUGAAGUUCAUUGCAUUUGUAUGUGGACUUUUUGAGACUCCCUUAUGUAGCUCAAUUCACAGAUACACUUUUGUUCAACAGGAAUUAUCUGUAUCCAAUCAGGUGUCUCCUUCCUUUUUAGCUAAUCACAUGAGUGUAGAUUCAAGGGUAGGCUCUAAUGUGAUCAUAGCAUUACAUCGACACAGUCUGCGAUUAUGAAUGACAGGAUGCGUUAUGCUAAAGUUUGCUGCGCGAUUUAAAAAAACUAAGCACUGCUUUGAAUGUUUCACUUUAGGCAAGCACUCAAGGAUUCCUAUGAAAAUUUAGCUGUUUCUAGUUUUAAUCUUUAAGUUUUAAUCUUGUCUUUAAUUCUGUGAUUUAACAAAAUACUUAACAAUCAAGACUUGAAAAGUCUAUUUUUUUUUUUAGCUUGACAGACAAAUGCUUGGAUAUGCAACAGAACAAUCAUUAUCAAGUUGUGAGGUCAGCGAGGAUGAGUAUGGUCAUCAGUCUUCUGAACAAACCGAGAGUGACAGUUCAGCAAAUGCCAAACAGCAAAAAAGGAAAGAAGAGAAAGGUACGGAAAACAACUUCAGCGUACUCUCAGGAAGAAGAUGUCCAACCCUGUAAAAGAAGGCGUAUGACACCUCCACAACUUCUUCCCUUUGCUGAAGAUGUGAAAAAAAUGCACCAGUAUCUCAACAUACAAAGAAAGGAGUGGCAAACAAAACCUGAAGAAGAACCCAUUAAGAAGCAUUGGGCAGAACUUGCAAAAACCACACUUUGUGAAGUGAUCAUUUUUAAUCGUAGAAGAGAAGGAGAAGUUUCCAAGAUGUCCCUUAAUGCGUUUACUCUGAGAGAUUCCUCAAUGACUCAUCCAGAUGUGGAGCAUGCUUUAUCUGACUUUGAGAAGAAACUCUGUAACCACUUCCAGCGAAUAGAGAUAAAAGGCAAACGUGGGCGAAAGGUGCCCGUUCUCCUCACGCCUGAUAUGCUGGUGUCGAUGGAGUUACUUGUCAAGACUCGACGGAAGUGCGAUGUGCCUGAUGAGAAUCAGUUCAUGUUUGGGAGACCACAAGCUCUCAGUCACUUCAGAGGAUCCGAUGUUAUUCGUCAGAUAGCUCGAAGCUGUGGUGCAAACCACCCAGAAGCAUUAUCCUCCACUAAAUUGAGAAAGCAUGUGGCCACUGUGUCCAAGAGUCUCAACUUAAAGGACAAUGAAAUGGAUGACCUUGCUGACUUCCUUGGCCACGAUAUCAGAGUGCAUCGCCAGUUUUACAGGCUGCCCGAGGGCACGUUACAGCUAGCGAAGAUAAGUAAAGUCCUUAUGGCUCUGGAACGAGGACAGCUGUCUGAGUUUAAAGGAAGAAAUCUGGAUGAGAUCAACGUUGAUCAACAAGAGAAAAUGGCCAUGGACAGUGAUGCAUCAGACACUGAAGAUGAGGAAGACAUGACCGGGAAGGAUGCUAUGCCGCCUUCAUCUCCACCUUCAUCUUCACUAUCGUCAGGGGAGAAAAAGAAAUCCACCGCUGGACGAAACAGUAAUCCGCAUCCAGCCAAAGGGAGGUCACAUGAAAAGGUGCAGUUGGUCAGGGAGGUCUCUGGUGAAUCACGCACAACAAAAUGGUCCUCACAAACCAAAGGAAAGAAGUGGACGGAAGAAGAAAUCCAGGCUGUGGAGAAAAGACUCAUGGACUACAUCAACGCUAGGAAAGUUCCUGGGAAAACGGAGCGUCUCGAGUGCAUUGAGACUUCACCAGUAGCACUUAAAGAGAGGAGUUGGGAGGGGGUGACAUUUUAUGUAAAAAACCGUAUUGACGCUUCAAAGCGAGACUCUGAGAAACAAAGGUAAGCUUUGACAUUUUUGCACUAUUGCUGUCAGAUGGACGAUCAAAAAGGCAAAAAUUUGGCUGGAGUUCUAAAUUUUGUCUGUUCUCUGUAAAUUAUGUUUGGCAUUUAUUUUUUGUUUUAUAGUUGAGUGUUUUUAUUUGCGUAAGAGCAAUAGAGACGUCUUGUAUUACUUUGUAAUAUGCAGUCAGGGCCAUAAGUAUUCGGACUGUGACGCAAUAUUUUAAAUAUUACCUCUGUACACCACCUUAGUGGAUUUGAAAUGAAGCAGUCAGUACAUGAUUGAAGUGUAGACUUUCAGCUUUAAUUCAAGGGGUUUAGUCAAAAUGUUGCAUUAACCAUUUAGGAACUACAGCCAUUGUUCCCUCUAGUCCCUACAGUCCCUCUGUUUUUUAUAGGCUAAAAAGUAAAAAAAAACAAAAUGCCGGA